AUGAGGCAAAGGGCAUGGAUAUCCGGAAGCCUCGAGCGCGAAGAUGAAGCCGCCCUGACCUACACUGUCAAACUCCUCCAACGCCUCGAAGGCAUUCUCCACGAUGAGUCGCGCAGAGCCGCGCCGCACUCCUGCCUGCGCUAUGUUGCCUCGAGCCAGACCUACAUUAUAAUCACCAAGCUCGCCGUGUCCUCUGCCAACCCGGAUAUCAUCAAGUCCUCUGCUCAACUCUUCCAAAUCCUCAUUAAUGGCGAGGCCGAAGGACUGCUUGACAGCAAAUUGUUCACAAGGUCUCUGUUAGAUUUGGUAUGCUUUGCUACAAUAGGAGGGAAGAUCAUUGUCGAGGAACGUCUAGAAACAGACCUGGUGGAAUUGCUAUUCGAGAUUGCUACCAAGAUCCGCCUCGACCCAGACAUCCUUCCUGCUUGGUUCUAUCCAGGUCGAGAAACAACACGCGGGCGCAACGCUGCAGACGAUUCUAGGAGAAGUCAAUUUCCUCUGUUCCAUGUGCUAGUGCAAUACGUUCACCACGAUGGCCCCGUGGGUGACUUUGCUCGCACGGCGUUGUUAUACUUGACGGAAACCGCCUCCAGAUCCAAGCCAUUGGAAACAUGGAUGAUCGAGAGUGACCUGGCACCUCAGAUGGCUAGUGGGUUGGGUGCCCUAUACAGCAGGCUCAGCAGACAAUCAACUUCACUUAGUGGCCAAGCCUCCGCGCCUGCUAUUGUCUCUCUUUCGGAUCGUUCAGAAACGCUUGCUUCGCUCACAACAGUACCACAAGUCUUUCAGCAAGAUAUCAAAGCCUUCUUCACUUAUCUGGCGUUCUGGCAGGAUACAUUGAACCACUGCAAGUCGGCAGAAGUCAGUGAUACUUUGCUGGACCAUUUUCAGAUACUCUUUGUCCAACAACUCCUUUAUCCUUCGCUCUUGGAGUCAUCCGAUGUUGAAGGUGGCUCUACCGCCGCGGUCAUAACCCAUCUGUCCCGGAUUCUAAUUGCUCUCGACCACGAACAGCUCGUGGAUCGCAUCCUGCGCUACCUUUUGGCGUCACCAAGCAUGCCCCGCGGCCCCGCGGAGAGAAGCCAUCGAAGACAGAGGAUGUCUGUUAGCCGACGAAAGUCCAUCGAUCAUUUGAAAGCCCUUGCAGAGGUCGCCGACAGCCCUUCCCCGAAUCUUUUCAAUCUUCUCGACUUGAUGGUAAUGAGCCUCAGAUCUCGUCAUUCAGAAACCGUUAAUGCUUGUCUGAAGCUAUUAUCAGUCAUCAUUGCGAAUCACCAUUGUCAUGUCCUCACGAAUCUUUUCAAACUUGAGCCAGCAACUGCGUCUCCAGCUCAACGUGGAGUAGAGCAUCUGAACAGCUCCUUGCUCAAAUUGUUUGACUAUGCUGCUGCGAUAGCCAAAAACCCCGAGAUGGAUGAGUCAUAUCAAGCAGCAUUGCUGGACGAGCAGAUUCUACUGGAGCAGCACAGUUGCCUCCGCAUGAACCGAGCGGAUAUGGACCAAAUAGACGAACGAGACAUGUCCAUUGCCCAAGAGUGCAAGCUCUUUGAAGCUCUCCUCACAUUGCUGCGAAGUUUUUUUGCAAAUGACACUGUCACAAAUCUUUAUCUGACCGAGGCUGUCAUGGGCCUGGCUGCUUGUGAGCAUAUGAAUCUGCAAGGGUGGCUUCUGCGGCCAGGGAACGAGACCGACAGUCAAGACUGUUCCUCGAGUAACAUUACUUUCAUCAUUGGUGAACUUAUAGAGCAAGUUCGUCAAUGGCGCUCACAGUUUCCCGAAUGGGACGAGCUUGUCCUUCGAAGGAGAAUGGAACUGUCAGAGGAUGACACGCUUACCAAUCCUCAAAACCCAGGGAACUCAUCAUGGCAGACGAAAGACGCUGAUUCGGGCCUCAGAAGCACCUCACCUUCUGUUGGGAAAUCUCAGUCACCACCAGCAACUCCAAGAGGGCGAAAGGUAACGACAAGGGAUUUUGGGUCCAUCGACGGUGCUUUGUCGAGGCCUGAAACACAUCGGAGCAGCUUAACUGAGCGCACUCUCGGCCAUUCUCCCCUGAGGCAAUCAACACCGGCUCAACUCGGGGAAAGCGAGGGGUCAACACAGCAGCCAGCUUCUUUGGUGCCACCGCCAUCGAUCCCCCUUUUAAAAACACAAGUUACUCUGUUUAAUUUUCGGGCGCCCGAAGAGGCUUCGGAAUCACUCCCUGUACACGCAGGCCGCAAACAAACUUCAAGUCCUCCUGGUGAUCAACGUCGCGCUUUGUUGGACGCCAGUGGUGAAUCUGGAGCUGCAACUCCGAGCGGCACAGAUGACUGGUCAUUGAGCCCGAGGAAUCACGUCAGUCUCAGCCAUGUACUGACCAACGCUAUCAUCCUUCAGGAGUUUGUUCUCGAGAUUGCAGCAAUUGUGCAGCUGCGGGCUACGUUCUUUGGCGAGGUCGAGUUUACGGCGAAAAGCUCGGAUUAG